GGAAACAGGAGGCGGAAGAGGAACAGAGAGAAGCGUAAAGAGAGGCUCGAGAUUAAUGGCAGCCUCCAUCAUGUCUUCCUUGGCCUUGAAGCCUGCUCCAGCAUCCCUCGAGAGGCUUCAAGUCAAGGGUAUCCCUUCUCUUGUAGGGAGGCCAUCUUCCUCAUCUCCCUUCAAGGUCCAAGCGAGCGGCAAGAAGCUCAAGACUGACAAACCCUACGGGAUUAAUGGAGGAAUGAAUCUGUCUAAUGGACUUGAUGCAUCUGGGAGAAAGCAAAAGGGAAAGGGUGUUUACCAGUUCGUGGACAAGUACGGUGCAAACGUCGACGGCUACAGCCCGAUCUUCAACACAGAUGACUGGUCUCCCAGUGGCGACGUCUACGUCGGAGGACAAACGGGGCUGUUGAUCUGGGCGGUGACUCUCGCCGGAAUUCUUGCCGGCGGGGCUCUGCUCGUCUACAACACCAGCGCUCUCUCCCAGUGAAUACAUAUUUUCACUUCCCAGUCGACCACUGUAUCGUCUAUUGCUGUGGCAGAUUAAAGGAUCUCUCUCGUGUCUCCUUUGCUCAAUAUAUUUUUAAAAGUUAAAGAAAAUUUUAAAUUGAAAAGGUUGAGUACUAGUUGAUAUUCAUUGAAA